AUGUCUGCAUCGCAAAUCCAGGAGCUGUUCAAGAAGUUUGACAAAGAUGGGAAUGGGAGGAUAUCAGCAUCCGAGCUGCAGAAUGUGCUCACGUGGAUCAACAAGGACAUCACAGUCGCGGAAAUCGGGCAAAUCCUUCGUGAAGUCGACACCAAUAAUGAUGGUGCGAUUGAUUACAAUGAGUUCGUGGCUUGGACACAGGGCGGAAAGAAGACCCUCGCCAAGAAGAAGCAGACAUCCCUUGUGCCCGAUCUGCAAGCCGCGCUGGAAAGAAGCCAAACAGAGGCUGCAGCCGUGGCAGCAAUCCCCUUUGAUGCUGUCAUGGCUGUUACCUAUACAGGCGAGAUCAAGCAGUUCGACAAAAGCGGUAGUGUUCUGGAGGCGAUGGGGGUGCGGACACCGCACAACCAGAGAUAUACCAAUGUCGAGGAUGAUAUCAGGCACUUAGAGAAAGUCAAGGAUCCGCAUAAGCUCAACCUCAAUUGCUUCGCCGUGGACUGGUCCUCGAGGAACGUGGUGACCGCAUCAGCUGACCACACACUGAAGAUGUGGAAUUUUUACGGCAAUGUGCUUCGGACCUAUGCUGGACAUCCAUCGGAGGUCUUGUGUGUUGACGUUGACUGGAAAAAUCAUCGCAUGAUCAGCGGGAGUUUGGGAUCCGACUUGAAGAUGUGGAGACUGGACAGCUCUACUCCCCUGCGUUCCUUCGCUGGAUCAGGACCUGGUGGCAUCGGAUGCCUUGUUGUUAAUUGGAAGAUGCACAGGGCAGCUUGUGGUUGUGGCAAGCUGAUCGAACUGUGGGACAUAUCUUCCAAAAGCAACAGUGCCGAACAUCCGGCACAGCAGCUGGCCACAUUCGCGGCGCACUCUGCUCCAGUACUUUCGCUUCAAGUCGAUUGGGCAGAGCAGAUCAUGAUCUCUGCUUCCGCGGAUAAAACUUUGCGGAGGUGGAAUCUCCGAGAUGCGGUACUUCUGGAGACUUUUCCAGUUGGAGAUGCACAAAUCAGGUGCCUCUCAAGCCCAUCCAGUCCAGCCGUUUCAGUGCUGGCGGGCGACGAGAAGGGCCAGAUUCAGAUUUGGGACACCAAGUCCGGAAAGGUUGAAAGGAAGAUGUCUGCCCACACCGACGGCGUGCUCUGCAUUUCCCAGACCCAUGCAGGCUUCGCCGUGAGCGGAGGGCGAGAUGGCCGCAUCUGCUACUGGCGGCUGGAAGAUGGUGCUUGCCUGCGAUCCAUUGAGGUUUCAGAAGUUUGUGCAGGCCUGACCGAUCUUUUUGGCAACUCUUUUGGCUGA